UCUGGAUAGGGGGAAAGGGGAGUAUAGAAGUAGUGACAGAUAAAGGCGUCAGAGGAGAAGGAAAAGUCUUGGCAAAUGUGAAGGUGACAAAGAAAGCAGGAAGAUUCAGAAGGCACCAGCUUCUGUGCAGCAAUGAGUGCCCGGGCCACACGGCCCCGAAGCCGGCGAGGGAGGCACCUGCCGCCGGGUGAACUGGACCCCGUAGCUGAGAGUUCAGAGGAGGCUGAAGCAGCCAGCGUGAACUCCGAGCCCAACCCUGAACCACCUCAGGAGAGUUUCAGGCCAGAGCCGCCAAGCCGCAUGGUGGAGGUCAGUGGCCAGGGCCCAGGGAGCAGGACUAGCAAGGAUGCUGAGGACUCAGGGGGGAGGCUGGCCUCAGCCCCGGAGGGACCCCAGGAGCCUGCAGUGGAAAGCCACCAGGCCCCAGAGACAACCCUGCUGGACAGGAAGACUGUCCCCACUGGGACCGGGGCCCCCGAUGUGUUUCAGACCCUCCAGCACGUUCUGAGUUCCCUGGAGGCAGUCGCUGCUGCCUGGCGCCACCGACCCCCAAGCUGUCCUGGGCCAGUGGAGGCAGAGGACGAAACAGAGGGGGCCCGGGGGCCCUGCGCAGAGCAGGAAGGGGCCCGGGGUUGCCAGCAGGAGGCAGCCCGCCUGGCCGAGAAGAACGCCUGGUUGAGGCUGGCCCUGGGCAGCCGUGAGGACGAGCUGGUCCGCACACAGGCCUCCCUGCAGGCCAUCCGGGCUGAGAAGGAGGCGCUGCAAAGAGAGGUCCAGGAGCUGCAGGAUUCCAUAAUGAGGCUGGAGUCCUCCCCGCCUCCCUCUCGCCACCAAGCAGGUGGUCCGGGCAGUGAUUCGAGCAGCUCUGGGGCAGAUGGGGAACUCUGGGGAACUCAAGACUCCUCCCUGGUUCACCCCCUGCUCCGGCGCCUCCGGAGUGAUUCCAGCACCCACAUUCUGGGGUCUCUCUCCAUGCAGCAGCCCCUUUCCCCUGAGACGCACAUCAUGGAGUCCCGGUUGGAGCAGCUCCGGGGGAGUAUCGAGAAGCUGAAAUGCUUCAACCGUCUGCUGUUGGCUGUGCUUCAAGGGCACAAGGGCCGCUGUGAGAGUCUCAGCAUGCAGCUGGGCCAGCGGGAGGCCGAGGCCACAGCACUGCGUCUGGCCCUGCAGUACAGUGAGGACUGCGAGGAAGCCUAUGGGGCCCUGCUUGCUCUGCGGGAGGCUGACUCAGGAUCAGGGGAUGAAGUCGCCCAGGGUGACCUGCAGGUGGCUGAGAAGGAAGCAUGGAGACUGCUGGCACAAAAGGAGGCUGCCAUGGAUGGAGGGACACCACGGCCCAGCCCCGAGGGCAGCAGCGUAGAUAAACCCACGCCACAGGAAGUGGCAUCCCGGCUCCAAGGAUAUGUCCAGCGUCUCCAGGAACGCCGUGCUCUGGUGAAGAUCCCCCCGGGGCCUGGCCCCACCUCGGCACCUUUGCCCACCGUGCCCCAUGCAGAAGCCAUGGUGCAAGCCAUUCUGGAGACCCAGCCUGGCCCUGCCCUGCCCCGGCUGGAGAAGAUGCAGAUCCAACAGGACCUGUUGGCCACACGGGAGACCCUUGCUGAACUGAUGCUGCAGUUGCAGCUGGUCCGGCGCGAGAAGCGCGGCCUGGAGCUGCGGGACGCUGCCCUCCGAGCCCAGGGCCCUGCCCACAUGCUGCUGCUGGAGCAGCUGCAGUGGGAGCAGGCGCAGUUGGGGGCUGGAGGGGUGGACAGCAGUGGUGGAGGCAGCAGUGCAGGCGGGAGCAGUGGGGACGAGGAGGAGUGGGCGCAGGGCCUUCCUGCUGUUCCUGGUGGCUCUAGUGGCCUUGAUGGAGGCCAGUUAGGCAGAAUGUGGGACCCAGAGAAGUUAGCCAAAGAAAUAGAGGCAUCAGUCACCAGGACCCUGGACCUGCGGGAGCAGAUGCAGUCUCUUAGAGAGCAGCUGGAACAGGUAGCUCAGAAGGGACGAGCUAGGCGGACCCAGAGCGCUGAGCUGAACACUGAUCUCUGCAAAGCUCACAGUGCCCUGGUCCUGGCCUUCCGAGGAGCCCACCGGAAGCAGGAAGAGCAAUGCCGGAAGCUGGAGCAGCAGAUGGAGCGAAUGGAAGCCCGGCAGGCCGAGGAGCUCGCCGUGCUAGAAGCCACCGCCAGAGCCCUGGGAGGACGCAGGCCUCCCUGCCCACCCCCUCAGCUGGGGGAGACCUUGCUGUAG